GAACUAAAAUUAGUGCUCUGCUGACAGAACAUUCACUGGUCACAGCCCGACUGUGGAUUUCAGUCCUUUGGAACCACGCUGGGGAAGAAGUCCCUCGGCUGUGCAUUCUUAGUUGAUAAUCCCUGGCUUCGGGCACAACAGCUUCAGCAUCAACCAACAAUGGUCCUUUCUGGAAUUGCAUCUGCGACUCAACUAUUCAGAACCCAGUGAAGGUGAUGACUGUGACAAUGUGGAGAAACCAUGACAGAAAAUGUGGUUUGUACUGGGGCUGUCAAUGCUGUAAAGGAAGUUUGGGAACAGAGAAUACAGAAACUCAGUGAAGAUCUGAAGCGAGAGAAGCAAUUUCAACAGAAGAUAGUACAGAUCUGGGAAGCACGAGUUAGCUUAACCAAGCUAAAAGAAAAAGUCACAAGGGAAGAUGGAAGAGUCAUUCUGAAGAUAGAGAAAGAAGAAUGGAAGACUCUUCCUUCUUCUUUACUGAAACUGAAUCAGCUUCAGGAAUGGCAACUACACAGAACUGGUUUGUUGAAAAUUCCUGAAUUCAUUGGAAGAUUCCAGAACCUCAUUGUGUUAGACUUAUCUCGAAACACUAUUUCAGAGAUCCCUCCAGGAAUUGGACUGCUCACUAGACUUCAGGAACUAAUUCUUAGCUACAACAAAAUCAAGACCGUCCCCAAGGAACUAAGUAAUUGUGCAAGCUUGGAGAAACUAGAACUGGCUGUUAACAGAGACAUAAGUGAUCUUCCACAAGAGCUCAGCAAUCUCUUAAAACUCACUCACCUUGAUUUGAGUAUGAACCACUUUACUACAAUCCCUCUUGCUGUAUUGAACAUGCCUGCCCUCGAGUGGCUGGACAUGGGAAGCAACAGACUUGAACAACUUCCUGGUACUAUAGAAAGAAUGCAGAGUCUACAUACACUAUGGCUACAACGGAAUGAAAUAACAUGCUUGCCAGAAACAAUCAGCAAUAUGAAAAAUCUGGGUACUCUUGUUCUCAGCAACAAUAAACUGCAAGAUAUUCCAGCAUGCAUGGAGGAAAUGGCGAAUCUGAGGUUUGUCAACUUCAGAGACAACCCACUGAAAUUUGAAAUAAUACUUCCUCUAAGUAAAAGCACAGAUGAAGAGGAGGAACAGGAAUUAUUUGGCCUUCAGUUUAUGUACACAUAUAUACAGGAGUCCCGGAGAAGAGCAGAUGACGAAAUCAUGUGCUCAACUACUUUACCAAGUGCUACAAAUACUGAUGGAUAAUAUAACUCAAAAAGGCCUGCUGAAGAGGAU